ACCACUUCUUCACAACGCAAGACCUCCAUCACCAGUAUCACUUUGACGCAAGCAUGCACCAUGUCAUGCCGCACCACCAACAAGACAAGCUGAAUUUGGCGAUUCCCAUGUUCUCAGCCGACGCUACAAACGCCGCCUUCUUCCAUGUGCCAGCACAGUCAAUGGCCGGCUUAACAGGGCCAGGCAUGACUUCGCCACCAGCGCCGCAUCAUUACCGCCAGGACUCUCCCUCUAGCACACACAGCGGAGGAUCCGUUUCAAAAUACCGCGGCGCUGCCCGAUCACCAGACGGCGAUGAUUUUGAUGCCGGCAGCGACGAGGCGCAAGCAGCCAUCAGGCGACACCGCAACACAAUGGCGGCACGAAAAUACAGGCAGAAGCGCCUCGACCAGAUCUCCGACCUGGAGCGAGCCUUGAGCGACGUGACCAGCGAGCGUGACGACCUCAAACUGAAGCUCGCAAGACGCGAGGCCGAAGUAGAGGCGCUACGAGAGAUCUUGGGGAAGAAGAGAUGAGACUCAGCCUGUAUUCUACAGCUCUCCUUGUCCCCCUACUUUCUCUAUUCUCUACACAUGUUUAUAUGUACUAUAUACCACGCGGAUCAGGCACCCCAAAUGCCAUAGGACUGCGAGUACUCCUGCAAUUGCACAUAGACACAACAACAGCUUGCCUACAGAUUUUGUUCUCUUUGGUUUACGGGUCCUCUUUUGGCGUUUUGGGGGGUUCACGUUUUAUGGCUGCUUACGAAGG